AGCAGGAGGAACCUUCUACACUGUUGAGAACAUCUCUCUUAACUCAAGACAGCCAAGCUUGGAGAAAGGACCUCUCUGGUGGACCUCCAAGCAGCUGACUUCAGAAACUGGUAGCUAAGUUGGGUGACAUCAUGGAGAAGGACCGGCUGUUGCUUUGUACAGUCCUUGUGAUCUUCAGUAUUCCAGGGAUCUGGACCAACACAGACGAGGCUUCAUUCCAUGAUUUGGAAGGAAAAGCCUUUGUCUUCCCCAAGCCUUCUGCUGACUCCUACGUUCUCCUGAAGCCCAAGCUAGAUCAAAACUUGCGACAGCUGACCCUUUGUCUCCGCUUCUUCACCGACUUGACCCGCGGCUUCUCCCUCUUCUCGGCUGCUUCCCGAGACCACGACAAUGAGAUCCUCCUCUUCCGAAACCCCCAUGAUUUUGAAAUGUGGGUGGGUGGUGAGUACGUCUCUUUCUCACUUUCCCCACUUCUGGAAAUAUUUCACCUCCGCUCGGAAUUGGUUUGUACCACUUGGGAUUCGGCUACUGGGAUAAUCCAGUUGUGGCUGGAUGGGCAGCGCUUGCCGAGGAGAGGGGCAAUGAAGGGCUACGAGGUCAAGACAGAUCUGGUGGUGAUGCUGGGUCAGGACCAGGAUUCCUACGGGGGCAAACUAGAUGUGAAGCAGUCCUUCGUGGGAGAAAUAAGUGAGGUCUAUCUCUGGGAUAAAGUCCUGCCUGCGGAAGAGUUAACCGACUUCCAGACACCUAUAACCCCAAACCCCAAGGUGAACUGGACCUUGCUGAAGUUUGAGAUCAGAGGCUACGUUCAGACGGAGCUCCUGUGAAGCCUUCAGUCCAAAAGGAGAAGGAGGAACCUUCUUGAGACGUUCUCACUGCAAGCCUGAUCUUAGUGUUCCUCAACCUUGGCCACUUGAAGAUGUGUGGACUUCAAGCCCCAGAAUUCCCACAAGCUUUGGUUGGCUGGGGGAUUCUGGGAAUUGAAGUCCACACAUUUUCAAGUAGCUGAGAAAGCCUGCUUUGAACCUUCUAACGAAACCAAGCAACUUUUCAAGGAGUCGUCCUAAAAUAGCUAGCCUCCCAGGAUGUGUGAAUGGCCAUACUUGCUUUCAUGCCCAGUGCAAUUAUUAUUUGUAGUUUGGAUUUGAAUAAUCAGCUCACCCUAAGGAUAGUAAUAAUAAUAGAAGCCAGCAGUUUCUCAAUGUUUGGUCUUAGGUCCGCUUUCAGGGAUGUGUGACAUAAAAUAAACAUCUUUAAAAUCUCUAUUUUAAUUUCUAUUGUGCCAAAUAUCAACCACACACACAAAAAUUCUUUUGGAGUUCACGAUCAUUUUUAGGAGCUUAAAAGCGGUCCUAUUCAUUUUUUAUGGUGGGGAUUUGUCAUCAUUUGACGUUUCCUUUUUCCCCCUUUAAAGUUAACCUGCAUUUUAUCAUUCUUUUGAAAUUUAACGAAGAAUAUUAAAAGGGCCCUGAGUCCACAAGAUUUGAAAAGCACUGGUUUUUAAGCAUCAACAUAAUAAGGUCCAUAAUAUGAUCAAUUUUUUGUUUCAGUACCUUUUUUUUCAACAGAGAUCAUCUCUAAUGAUUGUGACUUCAGUUCAAGGACAGUUUCUGAAUUUUGUGUGUGUGUGUGUGUGUGUGUGUGUGUAUUUUGAAUCCUGUCUACCUCGAUCACUAGCAUUGUUAUCCUGGGUUGUAGGGAGGGAUAGUUUAGUAUUUCUGUUGAAAGGACAGAAAAUCCCUCUUUUUAUGAUUUUUUUCAUAUGCUACGUUAAACAGAUACGUCUCAAAU